AACAUAUUAUAAUAUCGUUAUAUUUUUUUAAAUUUUAUUUUUAUUAUUUUUUAAUUACAAUCGAAUAAUAAUUAAUAUUCUUUUAAAAUAUAAAAUAUGGAUUGGUCUUUUUCUGGAUGUGGAUUUCUUGGAGUUUAUCAUGUAGGAGUUGCCAGCUGCCUUAAAGAAUAUGCCCCUCAUUUAGUUGGUAAAAUAUAUGGAGCAUCAGGAGGUGCCUUGGCUGGAUGUUGUCUUAUAUGCAAUUGUUGUUUAGGGCAAGCCAUAGGCAGUUUAUUAUCAAUUGCAGCCAAAGCUCGUUCUAGAAGCUUAGGCCCACUUCAUCCAAGUUUUAAUAUAACUAAAGUUAUACGAAAUGGUUUAAAUAAAGUUUUACCUCCAAAUGCUCAUGAAAUAGCAUCAGGUCGUCUAUUUAUAUCCUUAACUAGAGUGUCUGACUCAAAAAAUGUUGUUAUUUCAGAAUUUGCAUCCAAAGAAGAUUUGAUGCAAUUACUGAUCUGUAGUUCAUUUAUACCAAUAUAUUGUGGUAUCAUUCCUCCAUCCUUCCAAGGAGUUCGAUAUUUAGAUGGAGGAAUAACAGAUAAUCAACCAAUUUUUGAUGAUAAUACAAUAACAAUUUCACCUUUCGCGGGCGAGACUGACAUAUGCCCCCUAGAUAAUUCUCAUAGUUUUAUCAGCUUUAGUAUUACAAACAGUAAUAUACAAUUAAAUGCCAAUAACAUUCACAGACUUUUUUAUGCGUUGUUUCCUCCAUCUGCCGAAAUUUUGAGCGAUAUGUGCAAGCAAGGGUUUGAAGAUACUCUAAGAUUUUUACAAAGAAAAAGUUUAAUAUCUUGUAUCAGAUGUCUAAGCUUUAAAACCAAUGUAAAAUUAGCCGACAGGGAUCAAAAACUCUUAAAAAAUCAAGCGGAAAGAUACUUUGCAUAUAUGGCCAAAAACGAAAAAUCAUUGCUCCCCACAAAAAAAGACAAAAAUACUGGAAAAAUCAAACAUUCUAACGGAAAAUGUGUUGAAUGCAAAAUUCCACUGUGUACUAAUGAGAUGAAAAACAAUGGAUACUGUGACCACCAAAAUUACAAGAUUGAAGAAACGUUUACUAAUGAUAUAUCUAAUUUAUUGAUUAACGAAAGUUUUAAUCAAGAAGAUUUUGAGAGAAUCAAAAAAUUGCCUCCCGCCAUUUCGGAAGCUUUUAAAGCCGCCUGCAAAAAAAUGGACAAUGGUUUGCUUAAUUUUAUACUUAAACUUCCUCCCAUGAAGCUAUUUGCCUAUUACGUCUACAUCUGCCUCUUUCCGAUGGAUAUGUUUUUACAUCUUGCAUUAAGAUUUUUAGAUUGGAUUCCUUAUUUACCCGGAGAUAUGGCGUGGAUCUUUAGCCAUUUUGUUCCUUUACUCAGGCUCUUUUUAAAAAAAAUAUGCGAUCAAAAACCAGAAGCCAAAGCCAGUUUAACGUGUGAAAUCGCUGUUUCCCAAGAGACCUACUACGACGACUACAAGGCAUCUUUAAAGGCUGGUGAAAUAGAUAAAAUCAAUGCCCAUGCCACGAUUUUUGGUGAUCCUAAGAUUAUUGACAAAAUGGACGAAAAGUUUUACUAUGAUAUUUCAUGCCGCAAUACCACACAGCCCCCUCCUUUUGUGUCGCUCAAGUGUGAGCUAUCGUCCAACCUUAUCAACGAUCCUUCUAUGCUAACUAUCGCUUCCUUCGAAGGUGAACCGAGUCAUGACGUCAUCAAUGGAUCUGUUUCCAAAAAUGAGUUGUUGAGGAGAGCUUCAUGGUAUGGAAGAGAAUACACUCCCAAAAAAUCCCAAACCAAAUCCUCUCACCCUUCUCUUCUCAGAGAGUUGAAGACCAAAAGAAAUGUUGGUUGCUCGACCCAUCAUUACUCAUCCUUCCCAUGUUUGAUGUUGUCGGAAAAAGCUACACCCUCGUUUAGCCAUUAUGAAUGCUCUCUCAAAGGUUUGGAAAUGGAAAAUUUUCUCGCGCAUAAAAACAAUGCCAAAUUUUCGUCCAUACCUCACAUAAUCAACAAUAGCGCCAGCGAUUUAUCUCUCAACGACAUAAAAUUGCCCCAAAAAGACGCUGUUAUGUCCUACUACUACUUGGAUGACAAUGACGGGAAAGUUAAAAUUACCGAAAUUUAUGAUAUCAGCAACAUGAACGAAAAUUAUAAGAUAUCAAACCAAGAUAUCAUUUCCAAGGAUUUCGAAUAAAAGCAAAGUAUUUAAAAUGCAUCAAACUAUAUUUAAAAAAAUUAUAUGAUUUCAGGGACGUUUGCACCCAUUAAUGUUAUAGAUCUCGUUAUCUGUAAUAUCUGUAAAAAAAUGAUAUAAUAAUAUUUAUUCGGUGUAUUUAUAAGAUACAAUAAAGUAUUCGAUUUUGAUUAACUAA